AAUUAAAUAAAAUGGGCAGUGAGGUGUGCUGCCACUCUUCUCUUCUCUUCUCUCGUAAGGAAAGGCAAAAGCUCCCCUGUUGGAAUUCUCUCCCUAUGAAUUCCCAUACAACUCAGUUGUUUUCCAUGUCUUCUUCGAUCUCGUAACCCACGUCCCCACACCCAUCAAGAUUUUCUGAGCCACCAAGAUUGGCCGAUUUUCAGUGUUUUGCUUGUGGAUUCUUGUUUAAUAACCCCAAUUCGGAAUUCUUGAUCGAAUUGCCCAAUCUCGCCUUUUGAACUUCUAAGUGAAAAAACCCAGAUCAGAUAUGGAGUCAAAGAGCAAGAAGUUAAAGAGGAAUCAAGAAAGAAAAGAAGAAAGAUGCGAUCUUGACAAGCUCAGUUGCUUACCAGACAGCAUUCUGACUCAUGUACUGUCUUUUCUUGACACCAAAUCGGCCAUUAGAACGUCAGUCCUGUCCAAGCGCUACAGACUUCUAUGGACUUUUUCACCAUGUCUUGAUUUCAAGCUGUCUGAAUUUUGCACCCGAAGUCUUGACUCAUAUGACGGCUAUGUCUUCUCCCAAGUCAAGAACUCUAGUGUUGCUUCUUUCGAGUCAUAUGUUAACCAUGUCUUGCGACGCAGGGAGCACAGUAAUCUGACCAUGUUUCGGCUUUCGUUGCACAAGGAUGUGGGCUUGGAAUUCACCGAGAAUUGCGUAAAUUACGCAGCACAACACAAGGUUCAGCAUCUCAGAAUUCGAGGUUUUGUCAAACGGAAGCCACUUACAUUGCCCAAGUUGUUGCUUACUUCCUCCUCAUUGAUAACCUUGCAUCUGCAUAAUGCUACUAGUUACUGUAUCGAGUUGCCAAAGUCAGUUGCUUUGCCCAACUUAAAAGUUUUGCGUCUCAAGAAUUUUCAGUUCUCGAAUAAGAAUUUCAAUGGGCAAGUGUUUUCAGGGUGCUCGAGUCUUGAAAUUUUGGUUUUGAGCAAAUGCUGUAUUAAGCCGGGGAAUAGCCUCAAGAUUUUGGAUGUGAAUUGCUUGAACCUUAAGAAUUUGGAGAUAAAGUAUUGGAGGAGUCCUUGGAAAUGCUAUGAUGAGCAUAUGAUCAAUGUGAGUGCUCCUAGACUUGCUUCUUUUAAGUUCCAAGGUCAUCUUGCUAGAGUGAAUUUCAAGGAGGCCUUGCCGUGUUUGGAUGAAGCUUGUAUUGACUUGUGCUAUCCCACAUCAUGCUUUGGGGUAGACGCAAGUGAAAGAAAGCUAAGAACUUCGGAGCGUUUUUUGAGUGUGCUUCGAGAUAUCUGCAAUGUGAAAUUCCUCUCCCUAUCAUUGAAGACAAUUGAGAUUUUGUCUGUCCUUCCUGAUUUGCAAGUUUGCGCACUGACUAUUUUUGAGAAUUUGAGGUUUCUAAAGUUCACCACUGAGGAUAAAUAUAGGGAGAAGACUAUGCGGAUCGAGACUGUUAUGCGCUUACUGGAGAGGAUUGGCACUGAUGUUCUGGUAUUGGAUGGUUCCAAGGAACAGAAACAGAAACUCUUACCUGAGUCUGCAAACUGCAAAUCUAAGCACAAGGAUGCGACGCAUAUUGCAAUACCAGCAAAUGUCAUCCACUUUUUCUUAGAAAGCUCUCCUGCUGCAGAAUUUCUAAGUGUUGAAAUACCAAAGGCAUCAUCUGACCAAGAAUGAGGAGUCAAGGUGUCAUGAGAUGAGCAAGGUUUUAGUGUACAAGGUUGUAUGCGGAUUUGUCUUUGAUGAAUGCAUAGGAAGAAUCGCAUGGCUUGGGAGAGAUUAUCCAGUAGCAGUGCCAAAUGCUGGCUACUGAUAUGUCGUCCAUUUGUAAUCCACAUCCCAGUUUGAGACUGAUGCAAACUUAAUGAUUAUCUUGUAAAUAUUUUCUUCUUUGCAGUUGGACUGAUUUUGAGAUCCUGACUUAUUAGAGCAGAUUUUCUGAAAUGCA